AUGUUCAAGCCUUCUCUACGUGUAUGUUCUGCCUUGACGAAAAGGAACAAUAGGGUGAAGGUUCAGCUACUUAAGGAUUUUCCAAGAUUUCAACUGUACAAAGGUGAAGUUGCUAAUGUUAAGCCUUCCCUUAUGAGAAACUUCUUGCAUAAUAAUAAUGGCGCUCGUUAUAUCCUAAAGGACGAUGAUAUAAAUCAGGAGUUGCUUCUUGCAUCAAAAUCUGUUGACCGGCAGAGUUCCCAGGUUGUAUUGCAGCCUAAAAUGGAGACAGCAAAGGUUUCUCCAAAAGAAGAGAAGCCUGAGAUCAGUGUGCAACAUGAACAGUCAAAGAGGAAGUAUGGGAUAACACCUGGAUUAACUGUCGAAGACGUUAAAAUCCCAGGCCUCAGGAUAUGA